AUGUCCAGCAACUCCACAUCUUCCAAGGCCAACUCCAGUGCCGCCUCAACCCACUCCACCAUCUCCACCGCGACAACCAUCAGCGGAGUCGAUGUGUUAGCCAAAAAGCACAAAUGGUACUCGCUCAGCUCCAAGUCUCUGGACAAUACUGCCGACGUCCAGCGCAAGGCACUGCACAAUGAGGCCCUUGCCAACUACUUCAGCACCCGCUAA